AUGGCUCCCACGCGAAGAAGUACAAGACGUUCGUCAAGAUUUUCCUUAUCGGCCGUGGAUAUGGAAGAACAAUUAGGGGAACUCAGAAGAUACGAACAAGAAAUGAUAGAUCGCGUAAUAGCCCAAAAUAUUCAUAAUGGGGACAACCAAGAAACACAACUUGCUACACCACAAGCUCCUGGUAUCGCUCCACAGCAUGCUGCACCCAUUCAAAUGUUAUUUCCUGAUGAUGAGAGUGACUCGGAUGACGAUGUUGCCGUUGUAAUCCGACCUCAACCAGAAGCUCGGGCAGUUUCGCCUCCUCGUUCGCGUGUAGUGUCGGCUAGUUCCAGUAGCGACGAUGGAAGUAUUGUAGAUACUGGUCGCAGGACAUAUCAUGAUAGACCGAUCGCUGUUACUGGGCCUCGAGUGCAGUCACGUUCACCUGCGCCGAACCGAAUUCGUUCAGGAAAUACGAUCACCGCGAACUUUGACCAACAUCCUGCUGCUGGACCAAUUCGAAGAAGAAGUUCUCGACAAGCUGCUGCACGUCGCAACAACGCUACACAUGCUCCUGUUCCGCGUGAAGUAGUAAGAACAUUUUUUGAUCACGUAUCUGCCACUCGUGGAGUCCUACGUCCGUCAACAAUGGGAAGAAAUGCCGAUAUUAAUGUUCAACCAAUAGUACACAUUGUUGUACCGAGUGAUAGUAGUUCAGAUGAGGAUAAUUUUUAUAACAGACUCAGAGUCGUUCCCAUCGGUGGAGUUAGAGCCCCGACCAACUCGAUACGGCACAGGAAUGUUAUUCCUGAAGUGAGAAUUCCUCGUGCAGGAAUGUAUGCUUCAAAUGAUCCGAACCGACCAUGUCGAAGACUAGCCCGUUCUCCAGUUCGAUUCGGCACACCGUUUCGAGUCGGCACUCCAGUUACCACUUGGGGUAACUGCACAAUGUGUUUUGAUAGCCCGAUCGACCCGCAAGGAUGCAAUAGAUGUCAGCAAAUUCUAGGAUGUAAAACGUGCGUCAACAGCUGGUUUGAGUCUUCCGAAAGCCCAUCGUGUCCACUGUGUCGUCGCAAAUGGGCACGAAAACCAGAUGUGGCCAGAAUGACUACGAUUGACAAAAGGAAAACAGCAAAAGCCGCUCGUCGCGUUCCAAGACGCUCUCGUCGUUCUCAGGUUGUUUAA